CAUGGGAUUCUUGAUCAUACAUCUCUUCCGUUCUGUAAUUGUCUUGGCUCUUCUGAUGCAACGGGUAGAUUCCAACGAGAUACUAGGGCUGAAAAUCCCAUUUGACCCCAUCCUCAAUGCCAACACGGUGUGUCUAACGCUACCGGGCUUGACCCGGAAACAGCUGGAGGUGUGCAUGCGGAACCCCGACGUGACGGCAUCCGCCAUCCAGGGCAUUCAGAUCGCCAUCCAUGAGUGCCAGCACCAGUUUAGGGGCCACCGCUGGAACUGCUCCAGCCUGGAAACGCGCAACAAGAUCCCCUACGACAGCGUGGUUUUCAACCGAGGGUUCAGGGAGAGCGCGUUCGCCUACGCCAUCGCGGCAGCCGGUGUGGUCCACGCCGUCUCCAACGCCUGCGCCAUGGGCAAGCUGAAGGCGUGCGGAUGCGACGAGAAGCGGCGCGGGGACGAGGAGGCCUUCCUGGUCAAGCUGAACCGCCUGCAGCUCGAGGCCAUCCACCGGGGCAAAGGCAUGGUUCAUGGGGUCAUGGAGCACUUCCCCGCUGAUGCCCCCGGGCCCCAGGACUCCUGGGAGUGGGGUGGCUGCAGCCCCAACGUGGAGUUCGGCGAGCGGUUCUCCCGCGACUUCCUCGACUCCCGUGAGACGUACAAGGAUAUCCACGCCAGGAUGAGACUCCACAACAACCGAGUUGGCAGGCAGGUGGUGCUAGACCACAUGCGGCGGAAGUGCAAGUGCCACGGGACGUCGGGCAGCUGCCAGCUGAAGACGUGCUGGCAGGUGACACCCGAGUUUAGGGCAGUGGGCGCCAUGCUGAAGGAACGCUUCCAGUUGGCAACACUCAUCAAGGCCCACAACCGCAACACGGGUCAGGUGGAGCAGGCCGGACAUGGGACGCACCCGCACCGGCGGCGUGCCGCCCACAACGACCUCGUCUACUUCGAAAAGUCGCCCGACUUCUGCGAUCGCGAGCCUCGCUCUGACUCGACGGGAACCAGGGGUCGCAUCUGCAACAAGACCAGCCCGGGGAUGGACAGCUGCGAGAGCCUGUGCUGCGGCCGUGGCCACAACAUCUUGCAGCAAACACGCAGUGAACGCUGCAACUGCAAGUUCCACUGGUGCUGCUACGUAGUGUGUGAGGAGUGCUGGGUCACCGAGUGGGUCAGUGUCUGCAAGUGAGGGGGUGAGAGCACCAGCGCCCCUCCCUACCCCCUCAAGGUGCGAUG